AUGGCAGCUCCUUCCAACAACCAGCUGCGCUCACGCAGGCCAGCUCCUGCGAGCCAGUCCUCUUCCUCGCCCGACAUGAUUGGCAACUUCAAACGGCUUGAACACAUCGGCAAAGGCAGCUUUGCGGAGGUCUAUCGCGGCAUUCAUGUCGAAAAGCGUCAAUCUGUCGCCAUCAAGUCGGUCAACAUGAGCAAGCUGAACAAGAAGCUCAAGGACAACCUCGCAUCCGAAAUCUCCAUUCUGCGCAGCCUGCUUCAUCCACACGUCGUUGCCUUGAUCGAUUGCCAUGAGACGCCCUCGCGGAUGCAUAUAAUAAUGGAAUUCUGUGAGCUAGGGGACCUAUCGUCUUUCAUCAAGAAACGUGCCGAUCUUGUAAACCACCCAUCGACCCAGCGAAUGAUUGAAAAAUACCCGAAUCCUGAAGUGGGAGGGCUGAAUGAAGUAAUCGUUCGACAUUUCGCAAAGCAGACGGCCAGUGCCCUGGAGUUUCUCCGCUCUAAGAACUACAUCCAUCGUGAUCUGAAACCGCAAAACCUACUCCUGAAUCCGUCAUCCAUGUUCUACUCCCAAAGCGGCAUACUCGAUCGUAUGCCUCUGGCCGCCUCCGCCAACUCGUUGAUCCCUGCCGCUGGUGUAGAAUCUCUUCCUAUGCUCAAGAUUGCUGAUUUCGGAUUCGCCAGAAUACUGCCAAACACUUCCCUCGCUGAGACGCUCUGCGGCUCGCCGCUGUACAUGGCACCAGAAAUUCUGCGAUACGAAAAAUACGACGCAAAGGCUGAUCUGUGGUCUGUAGGCACGGUUCUAUUUGAGAUGAUGUGUGCGAGGCCACCAUUCCGGGCAAACAACCACGUCGAGCUUCUCAAGAAGAUUGAAGACCGGAAAGACCAGAUCCGUUUUUCAGAGGGUCUUGUCGCUAGUAGGGCAAUGAAGAACCUCAUCCGCGCCUUGCUGAAGCGCCAACCUCUGGAGCGCAUGUCCUACGAAAGCUUUUUCUCGGAUCCGGUCAUUCGCGAUGAGAUUCCUGGUUUGGUCGAUGAAGAUCUCCCGCAAUCGGCGUCGCAAUCUAUCGCGCCAGAGCCGAUCGCUGAACCUAAACGAGCGCCUAAGAUGCCUACUGAACUAGAUCGGCGAGCUUCAGAAAGUCCGUACUCUCAAUCGCCCAGAGGGACCAGCUAUGGCACUACACCACCGUCGCGACCCAGCUCUCGGCCAACUUCUGGUCAGUUCACGGCCGCUCAGCUUCGACCUACUUCAGCCGCUCGUCGAUUGAGCAACACUCCGCAGUCGCCGGUGGAACAACAUCCCUCGCAACGCGAACAACGACGGCCUAGUCUAACUAAUGCUGCUACUGCGCCGAUCCGUCCGGCCACCCUGCAUGACCAAGUUGUUGACCCUUCAUAUACCGGAAGCAGGCGCCGCGUUUCCCGCGACGAGGUCCUGCCUCCGCCCUCCGGUCUGAAGGAGCACCUCGAACGUGAGCGUAUGCCGCAGCGGCCCGAAGUUGCUAUGAGAGAAGCAGCGGAGCGGGCUGCUCAGGAUACUGCUAUUGACGAAGGGUUCGUCUUCGUCGAGAAACGACGAGUGGAAAUCGAUGCACUGGCGGACGAGAUAGCAGCAAGCCCACAAACGACGAGGGAUCGUAACAUUACUAGAGAAACUGCAUUGAAACGGCGAGCGACAACUCAAGGCUCGCCGACAUCCACCACAGGCGCGACGGUUCCAUCGAGAGCGAUUCAGAUUCAGCAAAAGCAGACCGCUGUGCAUCAACGAACUGGCUCGUAUGAACGUCGCUACCGGCCGAGCUUCGAAACUGCGACCUCAGCGCUUUCCAAAGCCAUGAACAUGGUCAAUAUACGAGGCCUUGGACUUUCGCCGCCGUUGAUGAAGGGUGCAUCUCCACCUCAAGGUUACGCUGGUUUCCCAAUUUAUCCUACAGCUCAAAGCAGUCUCCUACUGGUAGGAGAAAGUGGAAAGGCUCCAGAUAAAAGCGAAGAUGCAUCAAUAAUCAAGAGGAUUGAGCAGCUUGCUCAGCUUAGCCACGUGGUAUAUGGUUUCGCAGAAGUCAAGUACAAGCAACUUGUACCGGUUGCGCCAAGUGAUCAAGGCCUAGGCAUUGGAGCAAGGGGCGUCAGGAGGCCGAACAAUGAAGAAAUUGAAGACGAUGAGGAUGAUGACCUGACUCCAGACACCAUCCUGGUCAUCUCUGAAGAAGCUUUAGUUCUCUACGUCAAGGCUCUCGGAAUGCUCAACAACGCCAUGGACAUCACCGCAAGCUACUGGAACCGGACUGGCCGUGGUCCAUCUUCCGAAGGCGCCAGCCGCGCGGCAAUGAACACCGAACGCUUCCAGGAUGUGGUCAAGUGGCUUCGCGAUCGGUUCAACGAGUGCUGUAUUAAGUCUGAAAUUGUCGCGCGCAAGCUCAAGCAGGCACAAAUCCUGCUCCCGUCCGACCAUCCGAGCCAUCCCAACAAUCGAUCAACGGCUUCCGGUUCUGCGACCACAGUCGGCUCUGCCGAUAACAUCCUUCUCACGACGGGCGUAACAGCAGAGAAACUGAUGUACGACCGCGCCCUUGAAAUGAGCCGAACCGCUGCUGUCAACGAGCUUGUAGGAGUUGAUCUUCCGGGUUGCGACUUGAACUACUGGACCGCCAUCCUGAUGCUGGAGGCGAUUCUCGAAGACGAGGACGAGUCUUCGAGCCAGAAGCUUGGCAGCGAAGAGAUUGACGGUCUUGAGAACGAUGACCGACAGGCUAUUCAAAAACUUCUAGAAGGCAUGAAGGCUCGUCAUGCGGCACUGAAGAAGAAGCUGCAGCUGCAAAAGGCGCAGAAACGUGCAUCCAUCACCAGUGCGCCUGCACCUCAUUCCGCUACCCGCAGCUCGCCCUCCUCUCAAGGCACCGCCCGGUGA